AUGGCGCUAAACAUUAUUGAAUCGAAUGAGUUCGAAGAGUUACCGAAUGUUUCGAUGAAUAAUUCUAGACAAUGUGCAGUAUGCAAAAAACCGGCAGGAGGGAUUCAUUAUAAUGUGAGUUCGGACUUUGUAUUUUAUAUAUUUGUUUAUUAGUGAAAAAAUAUUUAGGUGCACUGUUGUCAUGGGUGCAAAGCUUUUUUUCGUCGAGCCAUCACUAACAAACUGGAAUUCCAACAAUGUAUUUGGAAUGAGACGUGUUAUGCAGAUGAUAAAAUCGAUGAAGAGAGCAAAAAAUGUAAAUUUUGUAGAAUACAAAAGUGUUUUAAUGUUGGAAUGAUACCGCAAUUCACUACAAAACGAAAAUAUCUAAUUGACGAAAUUUCUGGUCAAAAACCAUAUAAUAUUAUGAAACAUUUUGAAACUCAAGUGAGGGUUAGUUUUAUUUUACACAAUAGCGUAUGUUUGGUUGUUAUUUCAGAUCAGAAAUCCUUACUCAAUAAUCCAAAUUCUCGUUGGAAACUUAGAACACAUUUAUAACAAACAAGAGAUGCUGAAAUCUUCAACAUAUAAUCCGAUUAUACUUCCGGAUUUUAAAGAAUUGAUCGAGGCUCCGAGUAAGCUACACUUAGCUGAUAAAUUAAGAGUUAGUGGUUGAGGGUUUGUUAAAUUGAAAAAGAAAGUUGAUUUUCAGAUGAUGAUGGGAUGGCCAUUAACACAAUCCGAAUACUUUGAGAAGCAUUCAGCCUUGAUAAAUAUGCAAAUUCAAAUUGAAUCUGAUAACAAACUAAAUUAUCCCGUUUUCACCGAGUUCGAGAAUAUCAAUGUGUAAGUGCUGAAAUAUUAUAAGCAUUGUAUUCAUUGAGAGAAAUAAUGUACUUUAUAUAAAUUUUCAGUAAAGAUUGGUUUCCAUUUGAAUUGAUGAUGACCCUUGAACACGCUAAAUCAUUUGAUUUCUUUAAUCAACUAGACAUUGAGGAUAAAUUAGUGUUGAUUCGUGGAAAAUCAAUGAUAAUUCAUUUGUUAACCUCAGCUUAUAAUUCAUAUAAAUUGAAAAAAGAAGUCAUCGUGAAACCAGAUGGUAUAUUUGUUGGUGGAACAGAUAAGUGAGAAUCUAUUGAAAAAAAUUUGUUUGAAAUUGUUAUUGUAUAUUUUUUACAGGCAUAUGGUGAUAAAUUCGUUGCUUUCUGCAAAUAUGUAAGUUUUGCUUUUCCUUUUUCCAGAAAAAAAUACUCAUUUUGAUUUUUCAGAAAAGCAGUUGAAAUGAACAGAAAAUGGAAAGCUGGACAAAGAAUAAUAGCUAUUAUGAUAAGAGACAAAUUAACUUUAACUGAAUUUCUGUUAUUAAGGGAAGUGAUCUUUUGCGAUCCAGGUAGUUUUUAUGAAAACUUUCGGUAAUUAAAACAUGUCAUCGAUAUUUCCAGCUCUCAAUUUGUCAUUCAAAGCUGCUAAAAUGGUACAAAAAGAGCGUGAAAAAGUAUCACAAGCACUUUUCAAUCAUUGCCUUAUUGAACAUGGAAAAAAUGGACCGAUUCGAUUCACAGUUUUGAUAAAUUACAUCACAGUUUUGUCGGAGUAUUUUUACGAUUUCACAGACUUUGUUAGACAAACCCAACUUUUUUCACCUGGAAGAACACCAGAAUCUAAAAAAUUAUUAGUCAAUCAAUUUCUUUCUUUGGAUCUGAAGUGAUUUCAGUUUUUGUUAUACAUUUUGAUCAUUGGAUUCGAUUUUAUACUUUUUUUCUCAAUAUGUACGUGAAUAAAUAAUACAUUUUUCUGAGAAGUUGUACUUUCUAAUCAUCUUUUUUCCCAAAGUUCAAUAAUUCCAUGGUGACGUCGCGUGAAAGCUUUUAAGCCUAAAAACUUAGUAUUUUUCGAGAAUCGAUAAACCUUCAGGUAAAUAUCAAUUUUUUGAAAAAUAAUCGGCAGAUUUUCAUAUAUUUUUAUGGAAAAAUUAAACGCAGUUUUGUUCGCUUUCUAACACCGUCAUAAUCAAUCAUUUCAGAAAAAUACUUUUACAAAUUAUAAUUAUAGAGUGCUGAUUCUAUACAUCAUUCCAUUUUUACGCAUUCUUACUCUCUACUCGAAAUAGUACUAUUAGAGAAUUAUUCUAGUAAUUUCUGCAAAAUUUGUUCAAAAAAUCCAGCUGUCUAGAAAAUAGGCGGAGCAAAGAAGAUUUAUCUUGAUAUUAUAAUUUUUAGUUUUUUAUUCACAAAUCGUGUUAUGAUGCUUGAUAAUUUUCAAAUGAAUGAAUUUGACGAUUUACCAAAUUUUUCACUGGAUAAUUAUAGACAAUGUGCGGUAUGUAAAAAGGCAGCCGGAGGAAUUCAUUAUAAUGUGAGUUAUUAUUUUUCUAUAAUUGUUCUGUUAUUGAUUGAUUUAGGUAUAUUGUUGUCACGGAUGCAAAUCAUUUUUCCGCCGUGCUAUAACUGAUAAACUAGAAUUUCAACCAUGUAUUUGGAAUGAGACGUGUUAUGCAGAUGAUAAAAUCGAUGAAGAGAGCAAAAAAUGUAAAUUUUGUAGAAUACAAAAAUGUUUUAUGGUUGGAAUGACGCCACAAUUUACUACGAAACGAAAAUAUUUGGAUGAUGAAAAUACUGAUCAAAAACCAUAUAAUAUUAUGAAACAUUUUGAAACUCAAGUUAGGGUUAGUUUAAAUUUCGUGAUAUAAUAUAUUCAAUAUUCAUUUUUUAGAUCAGAAACCCAUACUCAAUUGUCAAAAUUCUUGUUACAAAUUUAGCUCAUGUUGAUGAAAAAAUUGAGAAGCUGAAAAAAUCAACCUAUAAUCCAAUUAUAUUUCCCAAUUUCAAAGAAAUGAUUGAGGCUCCGAGCAAACUACACUUGGCUGAUAAAUUAGGGGUUUGUGAGAUGGGAACUGCGAAUGAUGUUGUAAAUUUGAUUUCAGAUGAUGACGGGAUGGCCUUUCACACAAUCAGAAUAUCUGGAAAAACAUUCAGCAUUAAUUGAUAUGAAAAUAAAAUUGGAGAUUAAUGACCAAGUAAAUUAUCCAAGUUUCACUGAGUUCGAAGGAAUUAAUAUGUAAGUGCGCGUCUUCCAUUAUUUAGAAGUAGUAAAUUAUAUUUUAAUUUUUGAGAAGUUGGCACGUUGAAAAUUCUAAUAAGUUCUCGCAAGCUUUAAUUUUAGCAAUCCCUUUUUUCAGCAAAGAUUGGUUUCCGUUUGAAUUAAUGUUGACUCUGGAACACGCAAAAACGUUUGACUUUUUCAACAGAUUGGACAUUAAGGAUAAACUAGUACUUAUUCGCGGCACAUCUGUGAUGGUUCAAACACUCUCUUCAACAUAUUUUUCAUAUAAGUCAAAAUGGGAAUAUAUUGUGAAACCCGAUGGGGCAUGCGUUGCAGGAUCUUCCAAGUAAUAUUCAUAGUUUUUUUUUUGAAGUUUUUCAAAAUUCAAUAUUUUACAGACAUUUAGUAAUCAAUUCAUUGAUUUCUUCUUAUGAGUGAGUUCUCUAUCUAAUUUUUUUAUAAUUCAAUUCAUUCUUAUUUCAGAAAAACCAUGGACAAUCAGAAAAAAUGGAGAAAUGGUCAACGAAUAUUGUCACUAAUGAUUAGAGAUAAAUUAACAUUCAGUGAAUUUUUGUUAUUACGAGCUAUAGUUCUUUGUAAUCCAGGUACAAUGAUAAUAUUUUUCUCUCAAGCCUGAGAAAUAUUUUCCAGCUCUUGAUCUAUCAGUGGAAGCUCAGGAUAUUUUACAAAAAGAACGUGAAAAAAUAUCACAAGCACUCUUCAAUCAUUGUCUCAUGGAACAUGGAAAAAACGGGCCAGUUCGAUUCACAGUUUUAUUGAACUACAUCACAAUACUGUCAGAUCACCUCGGUGACUUUCGUGAUUUUCUAAUAGUCAGUCAAAUUAUAUCACCUGGCAAAACACCACAAUCGAGGAAAAAACUCAUAAACGAUUUUCUUUCUAUUGAAAUGAGAUAA